CACUGACCCGGCAGGACGCUGUGGUAACUGCCCCCUCUCUGGGUUUGUCUUGCAGAUAUUCUCUCAAGAGUACAUCAAUCUUCUGCUAUCCAUGUAUUUCUUCGUGCUGGGGAUCCUGGCCCUGUCCCACACCAUCAGCCCCAUGAUGAACAGAUUCUUCCCUGCGAAUUUCCCCAACAAGCAGUACCAGCUCCUCUUCACCCAGGGCUCCGGGGAGAGCAAGGAGGAAAUAGUGAAUUACGAGUUUGACACCAAGGAUCUGGUCUGCCUGGCGCUGAGCAGCGUCGUGGGGGUCUGGUACCUGCUGAGGAAGCACUGGAUCGCCAACAAUCUCUUCGGGCUGGCGUUCUCCCUCAACGGGGUGGAGCUGCUGCACUUGAACAACGUCAGCACUGGCUGCAUCUUGCUCGGGGGCCUCUUCAUCUACGAUGUCUUCUGGGUCUUUGGCACCAAUGUGAUGGUGACAGUUGCCAAAUCAUUUGAGGCCCCGAUAAAACUGGUUUUCCCUCAGGACCUGCUGGAGAAGGGGCUGGAGGCCGACAACUUUGCCAUGCUGGGACUGGGAGACAUUGUCAUUCCAGGGAUCUUCAUUGCCUUGCUGCUGCGGUUUGACAUCAG